CCAAAAGCGGAAAGAGAAGAGGCGAAGAAAGCGGAACUUUCACACGAAGCGCCACAGUGGAGCUACGAGACACAUGUGUCUCUAAUAUUUCUCCUGGACUGAGACAACUUUACAUUGAAGAUGAUAUGUGCUGCCAGCCCAGCCCUGGACCCGGACGCCGUGGAGUCACUGGUUGAAGUUUAGCUGCUGUUCACCAUAGAAAUCUAGAAAUAUGUCUAGAUAUCACAAAGCUGCCGUUGAUGGGAAUUUGGACAUCUUAAAAGAGGCAACAACCAAGGACCUGAACACUGCAGAUGAGGAUGGCAUGACACCCACUUUAUUGGCAGCUUUCAAUGGACGGGUUGACGCACUUCAACUCAUCUGCAGCAGAGGUGGAGACCCUAACAAAAGUGACAUCUGGGGUAACACACCCUUGCACCUCGCUGCAGCAAACAACCACAUGCAAAUCCUCAGUUUCCUUGUCAACUUUGGAGCCAACCUCUUCGCCCUGGACAAUGAGUUCCACACAGCUAUGGAUGUUGCCGCUGCCCGUGAUCGCAUGGACUGUGUGCGCUUUCUGGAUGCUUCUGCCUCACAGGAAACCAACCAACAUCCUAAAAAAGUUGCUAUUAAAAAGAAGGAGGCCAUAAAACAGGCGGAGAGGCGGGUGAACCAGUGUGAGAAGGUUAAGAAGAAGCACCAGAACAAGAUGGACAAAAUGUACCGACCCAGCCAAGGAUUUGGUUCAGUUACAGAGGCCAGCAUGGAGGCAACUAACAUCAACGCCCUUGCUAGUUUAAGUGAGAAAAACAUGAUAAACAAAGGUGGGUCCCUGUCAGCAAGAGUUAAAGACACACUGCAAAAAAGGCUUGGGAAGAAGGGCAAGGAUCCAAUACAGGAGUCGGGGGCAAAAGGAAAUGUGAUUUUCCUCAAACCAGAUGAUGGCAAACCUGAGUUUUUGGAAGUCUUCAAUGAACAAGAUGAGGAUGUUUCAGAGGAAAAUGACAACAAUGAGGAUGCAGAAGAAGAAGUCCAGGUGAAACAAUCAAUAUUCAACCGUCCUGGACUUGGAGGUCUCAUAUUUCAACAGAACAUGGGCCUUGAGACAGAUGAGUUUCCAAGUGGUGGCAAUGAAAAUCUCGGGUACCUGUUUCAAAAUGAGGCGCUUGAAGGCGAGGACGAGCUGUGGCUGGAGGCUGAUGGUCAGUUACCGUGGGAACAGGUGGAUCUGGGGCUGGAUGAUGAUGAAGAUGAAGACACCUCUCCUCUUGAUGCUUUCCUGUCAUCCAUUGCAUUGCCAGAGUUUACUCUAGCAUUCAAUAAAGAGCACCUGGACCUAGAGGCACUGAUGCUUUGCUCUGAUGAAGAUUUAAAAGGCAUUCGCAUCCAGCUGGGCCCAAGAAAGAAGAUCCUGGAGGCAAUUGCCCGCCGAAAAUAUGCCUUGGAAAGUCCUGGCAUUAUGAAGGACAGCUCUUUGUAA